AUGCAGAUGUGCGGCACUGCCCGCCUGCUCAUUUCCAUAAGCUCUUUAGCGAUUGAAGAAGCUGACCUAUGGCAGGCGACUCGAAUGAUACUGCAAAUUCCUAAAAUUGUCCGUUGUGGAGGCUCUGUCAUUCAAUUGACGACGGAUUUGUUCCUCUAUUACUACCCUGAGCUCACACUCGUUCCUCUCAGCCAUUCUUUGAGAGCAGGUGACUGGUAA